AUGGCAACUAGCAAGCAGAGCUUUGUGAGAGCUCCCGAGCCUCAGUGCUCAGUGCCUUCACAGAGAAAAGAAGUGAUGCUUGUUAAAGCCCCUAUCACAGCAAUGUAUGUCCACACUGUUCCUGCCCCUGGCCUGCCACCUUAUCCACAGGCCCAAGCCAGAGCCUUGCAGGAUGCAACGGUUGUACCACUGUUCUUGCCAGGGAUGUGUAGCAACCAGACUCUGACAUUGCAUAUAGCCAGCAGGGCUGUUUUGCAACAACAAAAGCUAGGGCCUCCAGCAACCUCGCCCAGACCUAAGUCUACCGGGAAGCAUGUUUGUCCACAUUGCAGCAAGGACUGUGUGAAGCCCAGCGUGCUCGAGAAACAUCUGCGCUGCCACACAGGAGAGAGGCCGUAUCCCUGCACUACUUGUGGCAUCUUCUUCAAGACUCAGAGUAACCUGUAUAAACACAAGCGUACCCAAGCUCAUGCCCGCCUUUCCAGCGAAUCUGAUAAAGACAACUUCAGCAGCCAGGAGAGCAUGGACUGGUCAGAGGACAACUGUACCAGUCCAUCCUCUGAGAUGCAUGGGGAAGAUACAGCUGAUGUAAUGAUAAGCGAUAAACUUCUUACGGUAGUUUCGUUAACAACACACAGUCAAGCAGGCUCUAUAGAAGAAGGAGAGUCUGGCACAGAAUGGGGAUUACACACAGCUGUCAUGGUUGGAUUUAGCACAAAACCAGCACUACAGGACAAGGUAAAUGCUUUGAGCAAAACUGUAAGAAAUAUUUCUGCUCCUAAACAGACAACUGCUCUGAUUGAGGAUGGACAUGCACCUCUGAUUCUAAAUCGUACACCACUUCAGAGACAGGAAGCUCUAUUUUCCAAGCCAUGGGAGUCACCCAUGUCAUGGGAAAAGUCUCAAAGCCAUGACAGUACAGACUCUGGCUACAGUGACAGCAGUGAGCAUCAUUCAUCCAGCAGUCCUGGGGCAAGCCUACAUGAUCCUAGUAUGGAAUCGCUCACAGAAACCACAAUGGAGCAUCAAGAAACUGGUGCCUCAGAGAUGACCCCUGAGAACCCCAAAAGCAAGGUGUCUAUUCAGGAGAAGCGGAAGCUGGAAGAACGUAUUUCAAAGCUCAUAUAUGAGAAUAGUAUGUUGGUGGAGGAUAAACAGCUGGAGAAUGUGCGACCAAGAAAGACAGUAUUGUUGAAACAAGGAAGCAUUGAUCUCCCAGUGCCGUACACUUAUAAAGACUCCUUCCAUUUUGAGAUAAGGAGCAGCAAGCACAUCUCAAGCUUACAAAAACAGGACAGAGGAGGUGGGGCUAUUUACAGCUCCGUGCCUAACCAACACUACACUCGCCUGGAGCAUGCACCAUUAAUGCGAAGCAGUUCUUUACCCUUUACUGUGGGUGGCAAACCAAAUGAUGGAGCAGGGCAUAUUUUCCCAGUCUGAUCAUCAGACCAACAAGAACCAAGUCAUCGCUCACUGGUUAGGCAGGUAGCGGUAGAUUGCCUGCCUUCUGCAGAAGUAUCAUUGGUUGAAAGAGGUAGUAUAAGCAGCCUCAGUUCAGAUGGAGACAGCACUGAGAUUGGAACAGAGCCAAGUAUAAAAGGAAACUAUAGGAAAAAAGCCCGGAAAUUUGACUACACUAAAUGGCACACUUACAAAGGUGGCACAUUUAGGAAACUCUACAACACUGAGAAAGACUGUCCUCUGAAGACCAGAAAGACUGCACCUAGCACUGAGCAAACAGAAAGCGUAGAUAUUCAAAUGAACCAACAGAGAGACAAUGCAUCUCAAAUUUUGACUUUACAAAAUGAACUUAAAGGGUCACCUGCCAGCUCUGAGAAUAGAAAUGUGGGGGAGGUAGAGCUGGACAAAGAGGAAUUAGUAACAAAACACACUGAUUGUCAUAACCCCUCAGAGAGGAAGAAGCAAUGCACUGGAAAUGAUGUGCACUUGCUCAGUAUUACAAAUCCUAGAAUCGGACUGGCAAAUACAGAUAUGUGUGGUUUAAUGAGUCAGCCAAUGAUAUCAACAUGUGGAGCGCACAGUUCAAUCAGAGUUCCAGAGCAAAAGGUCAACAUGCAAACUCUCCACCUGGAGGCCAGCUUCAUACAACAGUUAUCAAAUCCAAUUCAGUUCCUUUGUAAAACUCCCAGCCCUGCUUUUAGUUUGAACAAUAUGAGUGGGACAUCUGGCACCCCUUCUGUUUCUACCAGCAGCUCUACAUUCCCUGAAGCCAAGACCAGCUUUCCUCCCAUGUAUCAGCUGAAGAUUCCGUGUUCGACAGAUGGGGUGUCGGCUUCAUGUUCUGACUCCACUUUAGCACAUAACACUUCUUCAACCAUUCCAACUCUCAAGCAAAGCCAUCAAACUGCAGUGCGUGUCAAGGUGCUUCAAUUUACAACCUUUGACCAGAGUGAACAAGAUCCAUUAUCUGCCACAACCUCAAUGACUGUGUUAUUAGUUUCCUGUUCUGGGCAGAAUCAAACAGACACAUUAUCUGAAGUACUGACACCGUUUCAGCCUAACACACCUACAUCAGUUUCACUUGUUUCAUCUAUGCUGCCCCAAACAGUGCAGCAUCAAGUUGCUUUCUUGCAAAGUAAAUGUUCAACAGAUGUAAUGGAAAACCAAUCUACAGGUCCUGUGUCAUCAGAUUCAUAUCAUCCACUAAAAGCUCUCACAGCCUCAGAGAACAACCAAUCUGUCACAUCAUUGAGUACAGUGUCAACACAGAGUCAUUGUUCUGAAUAUGCUCAAACCAUACAAAUCUACUCUACAGCAAUGAUAUCACCGACAUACAAAACCAUACUACCUCCCCUGUGA